AUGGAGAUCAAAACAAAAACACUGAAGAAACUGGACUUGGUAAUCCAGAAACUACAGAAAGAGGGAGAAGAUGAUCUGCAGGAUCCUGCUGCUCAUCAUCCUCAACUCAUGUCUCUGUGCAGCAACAUUUGUAGUGAAUGGGACACAGAGCUGCUAUCAGGCAGAGGAGAACCACAACAUCACUCUGGAGUGGACCUUCACCACCAGACCUCAUGGAUCCUGGAGACAACUUUUAUCCUCUGUGAACUUAUAGCCCCUCCCAGAGAACUGGUUCUGUAUCAGGUCCAUGAAGGUGUUGAGGUGUCAGAGUCUCAGGAUGAACAGUUUUCAGGACGAGUCCAGAGUGACAAAGACGUCCUCAGAGAAGGACGAAUCAGACUCCAUGUGUCCAGACUGAGGACUGAAGACUCUGGUCUGUAUCCGUGUGACGUGAUGAAUGAUGAAGGUUCUGGUUCUGGAAGAUGUCGCCUCAACGUCUCUGCAGCUGCUGAUGUCUCCCAAACCCAGAGACCGACUGUGGAUCCAGAACCAGAAGGUCCAGGAUGGAUCUUCCUCUAUGUUUUACUGGGACUAACAGCAGCAGCAGCAGCAGCUCUGAUGGUCAAACUCCUCCUAAGUUCAGUUGUUUAUCAGAACCCUGAAGGUUCCUGA